AAAAAAUGAUUUUCCAAUUUAAAUCAAAUUAACUAAUUUUGGUAUAAAUGGAAAUGGUAAAAUUGGAUAAAUCUUUUGGAAAAAAACUUGGUCGAAAUGGUUGCCGAAUUUUCUAUUCUUUAUGUGACUUUUCCAAACAUAGAAAUGGGACGAAAAAUAGCACAUGAACUGCUAGAAAAACGACUGGCUUCCUUUAUCAAUCUCAUUCCAUCCAUGAUGACCAUAUAUCAUGAGGAAAAGGACAACAAAAUCAAACAACAACACUUGAAUGAACAAGACGAACAAAUCGAUGCCGAGAUCUUGAUGAUGGCCAAAAUUCGUUCGACAUUAGCCAAAAAUAUUCUCGAAAUGGUUGAUCGAUUACAUCCAUAUGAUCUGCCCGAAAUGUAUACCGUACCGAUCGAUCAAAUGAAUAGUACAUUACGAAAAUAUUUGGAUGAUAAUCUAGCUAGCAACAUUUGAUAAGGCACACUCAGCAAACAAAACAAAAAACCAAUUUACAUUAAAAUUCUUUUUUUUUCAAUUUAA